AUGCCGCGCUCCUUCCUCGUCAAGAAGCAUUUCUCCGCCAGCAAGAAGCCCAACUACAGCGAGCUGGAGAGCCAGACCGUGAUCAUCUCCCCAUUUUUAUAUGAGAAGUACUCCUUGUCUGUCCCCCAGCCAGAACUUCUGAGUGCCGCCCCUUACUACCCUCUGCUUGUAUGCAACACGGGCCUGCUCUCCAAUUUCUUCGCUUCGGAGCAGGAGAACCAGAAGACCCCCGCGUCUCCCCCCAGCCCUGACUCCAAGCCUCUGGACCUGACCUCCCUGUCCAGCGAAGAAGAGGAUGGCAAGACCACCUCCGACCCGCCCAGCCCGGUCUCCUCUGCCACCGAGGCCGAGAAAUUCCACUGCAGCCAGUGCAGCAAAUCCUACUCGACCUUUGCCGGCCUUUCUAAGCACAGACAGUUGCACUGUGACUCCCAGACCAGGAAAUCUUUCAGCUGCAAGUACUGUGAGAAGGAAUACGUCAGCCUGGGAGCGCUCAAGAUGCACAUCCGAAGCCAUACCCUGCCUUGCGUCUGCAAGAUCUGUGGCAAGGCUUUCUCCAGGCCGUGGUUGCUGCAGGGCCACAUCAGAACGCACACUGGCCAUUGA